UGCCCUCUGCCCUGCAUGAACGGCGGCCAGUGUUCCUCCCGAAACCAGUGCCUGUGUCCCCCGGACUUCACCGGUCGCUUCUGCCAGGUGCCCGCUGGAGGAGCUGGCGGGGUCACCGGCGGCGCAGGCCCCGGGCUUGGCCGGGCCGGGGCCCUGUCCACAGGCGCGCUUCCGCCCCUGGCUCCAGAAAGCGAGUCUGUAGCCAGCAAGCAUGCCAUCUACGCGGUCCAGGUGAUCGCUGAUCCGCCCGGGCCCGGGGAGGGGCCCCCUGCCCAGCAUGCAGCCUUCCUGGUGCCCCUCGGGCCGGGACAGAUCUCAGCGGAAGUGCAGGCCCCGCCCCCCGUGGUGAACGUGCGCGUGCACCAUCCUCCCGAUGCCUCGGUCCAAGUUCACCGCAUCGAGGGGCCGAACGCCGAGGGCCCAGCCCCCUCGCAGCACCUGCUGCCGCACCCCAAGCCCCAGCACCCCCGGCCACCCACCCAGAAGCCCUUGGGCCGCUGCUUCCAGGACACACUGCCCAAGCAGCCUUGCGGCAGCAACCCCCUCCCCGGCCUCACCAAGCAGGAAGACUGCUGUGGGAGCAUCGGCACCGCCUGGGGCCAGAGCAAGUGCCAUAAGUGCCCCCAGCUGCAGUACACAGGGGUGCAGAAACCGGGACCUGUACGUGGGGAGGUGGGCGCUGACUGCCCUCAGGGCUACAAGAGACUCAACAGCACCCAUUGCCAGGACAUCAACGAGUGCGCGAUGCCCGGCAUGUGUCGCCAUGGUGACUGCCUCAACAACCCCGGCUCCUAUCGCUGCGUCUGCCCGCCUGGCCAUAGCUUGGGCCCCUCCCGAACGCAGUGCAUUGCGGACAAGCCAGAGGAGAAGAGCCUGUGCUUCCGCCUGGUGAGCCCCGAGCACCAGUGCCAGCACCCGCUGACCACGCGCCUCACCCGCCAGCUCUGCUGCUGCAGCGUGGGCAAGGCCUGGGGCGCGAGGUGCCAGCGCUGCCCGGCUGAUGGCACUGCUGCCUUCAAGGAGAUCUGUCCAGCUGGGAAGGGCUACCACAUCCUCACUUCCCACCAGACCCUCACCAUUCAAGGCGAAAGUGAUUUUUCCCUUUUCCUGCACCCUGACGGGCCACCCAAGCCCCAGCAGCAUCCUGAGAGCCCCAGCCGGGCACCGCCACCUGAGGACGCGGAGGAAGAACGAGGGGUGAGCACGGACUCACCAGUGAUGGAGGAACAGUCGGCACAGCAGAGCCACCUGACCGCCACCACAUCUCCUGCCAGGCCCUACCCUGAGUUGAUCUCCAGGCCCUCGCCUCCCACCGUGCGUUGGUUCCUGCCAGACCUGCCCCCUUCCCGCAGUGCAGUGGAGAUUGCUCCUACCCAGGUCACAGACGUGAACGAGUGCGAGGCGGAGCCGUGCGGCGCCGGGAGGGGCAUCUGCAUGAACACGGGCGGCUCCUACAACUGCCACUGCAACCGCGGCUACCGCCUGCACGUGGGCGCCGGGGGGCGCUCGUGCGUGGACCUGAACGAGUGCGCCAAGCCCCACCUGUGCGGCGACGGCGGCUUCUGCCUCAACUUCCCCGGUCACUACAAGUGCAACUGUUACCCCGGCUACCGGCUCAAAGCCUCACGACCGCCCGUGUGCGAAGACAUCGACGAGUGCCGAGACCCUAGCUCCUGUCCGGAUGGCAAAUGCGAGAACAAACCCGGGAGCUUCAAGUGCAUUGCCUGUCAGCCUGGCUACCGCAGCCAGGGGGGCGGGGCCUGCCGCGACGUGAACGAGUGCGCCGAGGGCAGCCCCUGCUCACCGGGCUGGUGCGAGAACCUCCCAGGCUCCUUCCGCUGCACGUGCGCCCAGGGCUACGCGCCUGCGCCGGAUGGCCGCAGUUGCCUGGAUGUGGAUGAGUGUGAGGCCGGGGAUGUGUGUGACAAUGGCAUCUGCACCAACACGCCAGGCUCCUUCCAAUGUCAGUGCCUCUCCGGCUACCAUCUAUCAAGAGACCGGAGCCGAUGCGAGGAUAUUGAUGAGUGUGACUUCCCUGCCGCCUGCAUUGGGGGUGACUGCAUCAACACCAAUGGCUCCUACCGAUGUCUUUGUCCUCAGGGGCACCGGCUGGUGGGCGGCAGGAAGUGCCAAGACAUCGACGAGUGCAUACUGUUCGGGGCAGAGAUCUGCAAGGAGGGCAAGUGCGUGAAUACGCAGCCCGGCUACGAGUGCUAUUGCAAGCAAGGCUUCUACUACGACGGGAACCUACUGGAGUGCGUGGACGUGGACGAGUGCUUGGACGAGUCCAACUGCCGGAACGGAGUGUGUGAGAACACGCGCGGCGGCUACCGCUGUGCCUGCACGCCCCCCGCCGAGUACAGCCCGGCGCAGCGGCAGUGUCUGAGCCCGGAGGAGAUGGACGUAGACGAGUGUCAGGACCCGGCAGCGUGCCGCCCUGGCCGCUGCGUCAACCUGCCGGGCUCCUACCGCUGCGAGUGCCGCCCGCCCUGGGUGCCCGGGCCCUCCGGCCGCGAUUGCCAGCUCCCCGAGAGCCCAGCCGAGCGUGCCCCGGAGCGACGGGACGUGUGCUGGGCCCAGCGCGGAGAAGAUGGCAUGUGCGCGGGUCCCCUGGCCGGGCCAGCCCUCACCUUCGACGACUGCUGCUGUCGUCAGGGCCGUGGUUGGGGAGCCCAGUGUCGCCCUUGCCCGCCACGCAGCGCUGGGUCCCAGUGCCCAACGUCACAGAGUGAGAGCAAUUCCUUCUGGGACGCGAGCCCCCUGCUGCUAGGAAAGCCCCCUCGAGAAGAGGACAGCUCGGAGGAGGACUCGGACGAGUGCCGCUGCGUGAGUGGCCGCUGCGUGCCGAGGCCCGGCGGCGCCGUGUGCGAGUGUCCGGGCGGCUUCCAGCUCGACGCCUCUCGUGCGCGUUGUGUCGACAUCGAUGAGUGCCGAGAACUGAACCAGCGUGGGCUGCUGUGCAAGAGUGAGCGCUGCGUGAACACAAGCGGGUCCUUCCGCUGCGUCUGCAAAGCUGGCUUCGCACGCAGCCGCCCACACGGGGCCUGUGUGCCCCAGCGCCGCCGCUAA